AUGUCUGAAUUUGGUGAUAUUAAAACAAGAGCGAACGUGUACCGCUUCUCGAUUUCCUGGCCACGCAUCCUUCCAACUGGGGACCUUGACGUCAUCAACCAGCCGGGUAUCGACUACAACAACAACCUCAUCAACGAGUUGCUCGCCAACGGAAUUCAGCCUCUGGUGACGAUGUACCACUGGGACCUGCCUCAAGCGCUGCAGUACCUCGGAGGCUGGCCCAAUGAGUUGAUGGCCGACUACUUUGUGGAGUACGCCAGGAUAGUGUUUGAAAACUUCGGAGACAGGGUGAAGUGGUGGAUCACGUUCAACGAACCGGCCUACUUCUCCAAUGCGUACGCGAGCGUCGGCUUCGCGCCGUCGCAGAACGCCUCCGGCAUCGGCGACUACCUGUCCACCCACACGGUGAUCAAGGCGCAUGCGCGCGUCUGGCACCUGUACGACGAGCAGUACAGAGCGACACAGAACGGAGCUGCGACGAAUGACUAUGUUGCAGGCUCGGCAGACUUUAUCGGACUGAACCACUACAGCACAGACUUCGUGACGUCGGGUGAGAAAAGCCGCGACUCCGGCGUCGUCACCUCCCGUAACGAGGGUUUCUUGGGAGCUCUCCUGGAAGCUGUGAACACGGACGGAGUUCCAGUGAUCGGGUACACAACGUGGUCUCUCAUGGACAACCUGGAAUGGAAUUUAGGAUUCACAUAA